AUGCGCAUACCAGCAUGGCUUUAUGCAGAUUUUACAGUUGAACAUCUAAGUGGAACACAGGCGAUGCUACAAAAUGAAGAUCUGAAAGUAGUUGAAUCGGAACGACGUCUCUGGGGACCAUGGAACUACGUAACAUUCUGGUUGUCCGAUUCUAUAAACAUUAAUACGUGGAUGAUUAUAAGUGCAAUGAUCGGUGGUACUGGCGGUUUGUCUUGGUGGGAAGCAUGGCUGUGUGUUUGGAUUGGUUAUACAAUAACGGCCAUAUUCAUGUGUAUUUCCGGCAGAAUCGGUGCUAUCCAUCAUAUUUCAUUCCCAGUUGUCGGACGUGCAUCAUUCGGUAUCUUUGGUAGUCUUUGGCCGACUCUCAAUCGUGGUGUAAUGGCUUGUGUAUGGUAUGGAGUACAGGCAUGGAUCGGAGGACAGUGUGUUGUCAUCUGUAUUCGUACAAUUGUACCUUCAUAUCAAUAUCUUCAUAAUACUCUUCCAACAUCGUCAGGUACAAAUACACGAGACUUUAUUGGAUUCUUUAUAUUUUGGGCACUAUCAAAUAUUGCCAUCUGGUUUCCGGUACAAAAGAUUCGACAUCUAUUUACAGUAAAGUCAAUUGUUGUACCAAUUGCCGGUAUACUGUUAUUUGUAUGGGCAGUUGUCAAAGCCAAAGGUAUUGGAUCGAUCAUUCACCAGUCCACGACUUUGCGUCCUACGUCAACAAGUAGUAUUCGUGGAUGGGCAUGGAUUAUAGGAAUAAUGAGUUGUAUUUCUAGCUUUGCAUCGCUGAUCAUUAACAAUCCUGAUUAUACACGUUUUGCCACUCGACCAUCUGCCGUAAUCUGGACACAAAUGAUUACGAUUCCGUUAGGUUUUUCCAUUACAAGUUUUAUCGGUGUUAUCGUUGGAUCGUCAUCGAAAGUCAUCUAUGGCGAAGAAAUUUGGAAUCCGAUAGAAUUGUUAAAUGAAUUUUUAAACAAUAGACCAUCGUCUGCAACACGUGCCGGUGUAUUCUUUAUUUCGCUUGCAUUCUGUCUAUCACAACUGGGUUUAAACAUCGCUGCCAACAGUGUUUCUGCUGGUUGUGAUCUUACUGCUCUAUGUCCGAAAUUUUUAAAUUUUAGACGAUCGGGUUACAUCUGUUCGAUAGUUGGCCUAUGUAUAUGUCCGUGGCAAUUACUAUCGAGUUCUUCAACGUUUCUCUCCUAUAUUUCGGCUUACUCUACGUUUGUAUCGUCAAUUGCUGGUGUAAUGUUUUGUGAUUACUAUUUGGUAAGAAGAGAACAUUUAAAUACUAACGAACUCUAUUCGUCUUCUUCAAAUGGACUGUACUACUAUAAGUACGGUAUUAAUUGGCGAGCAUAUGUUGCAUAUAUAGCUGGAAUAUUAAUUAAUGUCUUUGGUUUUGCCGGUGCAGUUGGUGCACAUGUUUCGUCAACUGUGACAAAAAUGUAUCAACUGAACUUUUUCUUAGGAAUAAUUGUUAGCAGUGCUGUAUACUAUGGUCUUCAUCAACUAUCACCUAUUAAAAUUUACUCCUAUAAGGAGAACAAACUGUCCAGCGGCAAAUUGCAAGUAACAGUUUUUUGA